ACCCCCCACAUGGCGCCGCCCUCCCGCCCCGCGGCCGUCCUCGCAUGGGGUUCGGGGGAAGACGGGCAGCUGGGCAUGGGCGAGUGCGACGAGAAGGACUCGGCCCACUGCGUCGCCGCGCUGGAUCCGUACGCCGUCUCCGCCGUCGUGGCCGGCAGCCGCAACUCCCUCGCCAUCUGCCAAGACGGCCGCCUUUUCACCUGGGGGUGGAACCAGCGGGGGACUCUGGGGCACCCGCCGGAGACCAAGACGGAGAGCUCCCCGGCGCCCGUGGAUGCCCUCGCGGGGGUGAAGAUCGUGCAGGCAGCGAUCGGCGGAUGGCAUUGCCUCGCAGUGGAUGACAAAGGGCGUGCCUACGCCUGGGGGGGAAACGAGUACGGACAGUGCGGGGAGGAGCCUGAGAGGAAGGAGGAUGGCACAAGGGCGCUCAGGAGGGACAUCCCCAUCCCGCAGCGGUGCGCUCUCAAGCUCAAAGUUCGGCAAGUAGCUGCCGGGGGGACUCACUCAGUGGUUUUGACACAAGAAGGCCAUGUUUGGACAUGGGGGCAGCCAUGGCCACCGGGUGAUAUCAAGAAAAUAUCCACACCAGUACGUGUGCAAGGGCUUGAACACGUGAGCAUGAUUGCCGUAGGGGCAUUCCAUAAUUUGGCACUAUCGGAAGACGGAAUCUUGUGGGCAUGGGGUAAUAAUGAGUAUGGUCAGCUGGGGAUUGGAGAUACCCAACCAAGAUCGCAACCGAUCCGCGUUGAAGGGCUAUCUGACCUUUCAUUGGUUGACAUUGCUGCUGGAGGUUGGCAUUCAGCUGCGUUGACUAAAGAUGGAGAGGUAUAUGCUUGGGGAAGAGGAGAACAUGGGAGGCUUGGCUUUGGGGAUGAUAAGAGUAGUCACAUGGUGCCCCUAAAGGUCCAGCUUCUAGCUGGAGAGGAUAUUGUUCAGGUGUCAUGCGGAGGGACCCAUUCAGUUGCGCUAACUAGCGAUGGACGAAUAUUCUCUUACGGACGGGGUGAUCAUGGCCGUCUGGGCUAUGGCAGGAAGGUGACAACGGGCCGCCCAAUGGAAGUGCCCAUAAACUUACCUCCACCGAAGUCCAGCACCAGCUCCAAUGGGCUAUGGCAGGCUAACUAUGUUGCCUGUGGUGGGCGGCAUACGCUGGCCAUCUUGACAUGGACGGAUAUGUAAUACCUAGAGGCACGACAACUCGUGUAUGAAUCUGAAUUGAGGUUACAAUAACGGAGAAUAAGAAUCGAACACUCUGCGGAGAUGGAACCACCUUCUCUUGCCGAGUUGUGCAUUUCAGGCUUCCAGCGAAUUCUGAUAAACAAAUUUUAUGCCGAGUUUUCAGUA